UGCAAAUGAGCCAUAAUGAAAUUCAUUAGCCAGUUUGGAUGCUUCAAGAACCCAAGAGGAACCCAAAAGAAAAUAAUGUCACCUCUCUUCCAACUGGUUUUCUUGUCUUUUGUCGGCUAUGGAUUGGGAUACAAUUGUCUAAACACCGGUUAUGACUGCAAAAAUGGAGGGGCUUGUGAUUACUUUGGAAGGUGCAAGUGCCCUCCAGGUUUCGGCGAAUACGACUGCGGUUUGGACGCUGCUGCCAUAACAACGGGAGCAGCCUGCAGAGCCACUUGUAUGAACAAAGGAAUCUGCUUCGGUGGGACACGUUGUUUCUGCCCAGAAGACUAUAUCGGAACCAAAUGCGAAGUACCUGUCCUGAGUGCCGAUUGUGGAAUGUCUUCAAUGAAAAUAAGGGCGUAUCGACCUCUUAAUUUCAACGGAGAAAUGUUUUUGAAGCAAAGCAUGUUUGGUUGCAAGCUGAGAGAAAUGUUCACCAACGUCGCAGGUUUUAAGAUGUUUGAGUUAGAUAUACCUCAUGAGGCUAUUUCCCCAUGUACGUUAAAGAAAACAGAAAAUCCAGAGACAGGAGACACAAUAUAUGAGGUUGAGGUUGCGACUGCACAUGCAAAGGGCCUAUUCAGCAUGUCUGAUACAGUACAUAACGUCAAAUGUGUUUACGGGCAAAGACGCAUUGGAGAGAACCCUGUCGACGUCACGGCUGCUAUGAACCCUCUCUCUAUUCAAGUUGUGGACUCCAAUGAGCUUCCUUUGCAGCAAGUUCAAAGAAAUGAUGCUUUCUAUGUUGUAGCACAAUCUACUGGGAAAUUCCCAGAUACCCAGGGUGCACGUAUUAGAUACCUAGAGGCGUAUAGUAUCGACAGACAGACUAACGAAGUGAAAACUAUAAAGCUUAUUGAAGACGAGUGUCCUAUAGAAUCAGCCGUUAGUCUUUUGGGAUUUACUCCUUCCAAUGUGCCUUUCGAGUUAAACCAGAAAUGGCUUGGACGAGUUGAAAUGAAAGGUUUCUUUCUAAUCGAUGGUGAGCCUCUGCACCUUGACUAUCGCGCAAAGCUCUGCAGACGAAAAUGCUAUGAGAAAUCAUGCAAUACACCAGGACCAAUAGAAAUCCCAGUUAAAAGGCCAUUCGAAGAAGUAGUCCAACCAAUUGAAGUUGUUUGAAAGCAUUUUAUCGACAUCAAAGAAAACAAUAAAAAUACAGCACUCCGUUUAUUUAACCCAAAAUGAGUGCUUAGCAAUUGAUUAGCCAGUGAAACGUUAAUGUUACUUUCUUAUAUACGUUUAAACAACACUAUGAAUGGUAAUGUGUAUAUUGCGUUAAUAUUUUUAUUAACUAUAUCAAUAAAUUUCAAAAUAAAAUUUUAUUUUAAAAAAAUUAACAGAACAAUAAAUCAGAUUCAUUUUUCUCGUGGGGGAAAAACCAAAUACUUAAUUAA